AUGUACAACAACGAUGGGAGCCGAAACCCGGCCGAGGACAGUUCCCGUGUGGGCUUCUCGCCUAUAGGCAUCAUCAUGGCCCUCUCUCUCGCCGUGACUGUGACCAUCGCUCUUGUCGCCCUAGGCCUUUUGAGACGGUAUCCCGGCGGGAAACAAGCAGUACCGAUAACGUCUACCCACAGUGGUGUGAUUAGCGUCGCUUCUCAUCGUCCUCCGGGCGAUACCGAGGCCCACUUGCUACCCGUCCAAUGGGGAGCAGUCAUUUCGGAAGACGGCCUGUACUGCCAAACUACGUAA